GCGCGCUGUGACAGCCUCGCUUCCGGUUCCUAGCGGUGGGGUGGUGACCGGGAGCGCCCUCUCCCCGCAGGGUCUGUGUACGCCCGCUGAGCUUCUAACCCGCCUCUGGUCUCACCCGGCCCUUCCCCGGCGGCUAUUGCCCCAGAGGCCGGGACCCUCUGCCGCUCUCCCUGACGCUGGAGCCCCCCGAGCGGCUCCACAGCCCCAUCCGGGGGGCGAGGCUCGCUACGGGAACCCGUCCAUUCCCCGCCCGUUAAACGUCUGUCCCCGUCCCCGUCCCAAUUCUAUUCCUCCUCCCCCCCCUUGCCGUGGCGCGGGCCCGGAGCCCACCCCGCUAUCGCCAUGCCCGCGGGGGCGGCGUCGCCGAUUAUCCGCUGCGUGCAAAAGCUGGUGCUGUACGAGACCAGAGCUCGGUAUUUUCUUGUUGGGAGCAAUCAUGCAGAGACCAAGUAUCGUGUUUUGAAAAUUGAUCGCACUGAACCAACAGAUUUAGUUAUAAUUGAUGAUAAGCAUGUGUACACACAACAAGAGGUGAGGGAACUUCUUGGCCGCCUAGAUCUGGGAAAUAGAACAAAGAUUGGACAGAAGGGCUCCUCUGGGUUAUCUCGAGCGGUCUCUGCUUUCGGUGUUGUAGGUUUUGUUAGAUUUUUAGAAGGCUACUACAUUGUGUUAAUAACAAAAAGGAGAAAGAUGGCAGAUAUUGGAGGGCAUGCAAUAUACAAAAUAGAAGAUACAAAUAUGAUCUACAUUCCAAAUGACUCUGUACGAGUCACUCAUCCUGAUGAAGCAAGAUAUCUACGAAUAUUUCAAAAUGUGGACCUGUCUAGCAAUUUUUAUUUUAGCUACAGCUAUGAUCUGUCACACUCUCUUCAAUAUAAUCUUACCAUCCUGAGAAUGCCACUUGAGAUAUUAAAAACUGAAACAACUCAGACUCGACAGGAGAGCUUUGAUAUCUUUGAAGAUGAGGGACUUACAACACAAGGUGGAAGUGGUGUAUUUGGGAUUUGCAGUGAACCAUAUAAAAAGUAUGUGUGGAAUGGUCAACUGCUGGACAUAGUAAAAAACACUGUUCAUCAUGACUGGCUGUUAUAUGUUAUUCAUGGAUUUUGUGGGCAGUCUAAACUGUUAAUCUAUGGUCGUCCAGUGUAUGUCACUCUGAUAGCCAGAAGAUCAAGCAAAUUUGCUGGAACACGUUUUCUAAAGAGAGGAGCAAACUCUGAGGGAGAUGUUGCUAAUGAAGUAGAAACUGAACAAAUACUUUGUGAUGCUUCGGUGAUGUCAUUUUCUGCAGGGAGCUAUUCAUCUUACGUUCAAGUUCGAGGCUCAGUCCCUCUAUACUGGUCUCAAGAUAUUUCGACUAUGAUGCCUAAGCCACCAAUUACAUUGGACCAAGCAGAUCCAUUUGCGCACAUAGCUGCACUUCACUUUGAUCAAAUGCUUCAGAGAUUUGGCUCUCCCAUUAUCAUUUUGAAUCUUGUGAAGGAACGUGAAAAAAGAAAGCAUGAAAGGAUUCUAAGUGAAGAACUUGUUGGUGCUGUGACAUAUCUCAAUCAAUUUUUACCCCCAGAACAUGCUAUUGUUUAUAUUCCUUGGGAUAUGGCCAAAUACACAAAAAGCAAACUGUGUAAUGUCCUGGAUAGAUUGAAUGUAAUUGCGGAAAGUGUAGUGAAGAAAACAGGAUUCUUUGUAAAUCGUCCUGAUUCCUACUGCAGCAUCUUGCGGCCAGAUGAAAAAUGGAAUGAACUAGGAGGUUUUGUUGUUCCCACUGGUCGCUUACAGACUGGUGUUCUUCGAACCAAUUGUGUUGACUGUUUAGAUCGCACUAACACAGCCCAGUUCAUGGUGGGGAAGUGUGCUUUAGCCUAUCAGCUCUAUUCUCUUGGGUUGAUUGAUAAACCCAAUCUGCAGUUUGACACAGAUGCUGUUAGAUUGUUUGAGGAGUUGUAUGAAGAUCAUGGAGACACACUUUCUCUGCAAUAUGGAGGUUCUCAACUUGUUCAUCGAGUAAAAACCUACAGGAAGAUAGCACCAUGGACCCAGCAUUCCAAAGAUAUUAUGCAGACACUCUCAAGAUAUUACAGUAAUGCUUUUUCAGAUGCUGACAGGCAAGACUCAAUUAACGUAUUUUUGGGAGUAUUCCAGCCUGCAGAAGGAAAACCUCAUCUUUGGGAACUUCCUACAGACUUUUACUUGCAUCACAAGAACACUAUGAGUCUUUCACAGACAAGGAGAAGCUAUACCUACUGGUGGACACGAGGUGUAUUAAAUCAUUUACCACUGCCUUAUGAUGAGGUGACAUGCACUGAAAAUAUAAGGAAGUUGAUAGUGAAGAAAUUUCACAAAUAUGAAGAAGAGAUUGAUAUUCAUAAUGAGUUCUUUCGGCCAUAUGAAUUAAGCAGUUUUGAUGACACCUUUUGCUUGGCAAUGACCAAUUCUAUACGAGAUUUCAUGCCCAAGAAUGUUGGAAUUGAUCCAAGUCCAUUUACAGUGCGGAAACCUGAUGAAACUGGAAAAUCAGUGGUGGGGAACAAAAGUAAUAGAGAAGAAACUGUGCUGCAGCGCAAAACAGCUGCUAGUGCCCCUCCUCCCCCAAGUGAGGAAGCAGUGUCAAGUAGUUCUGAGGAUGAUUCUGGGACUGAUAAAGAAGAUGAGGGAGCUGUUUCUCAGCGUUCAACUCCAGUAAAGAUGGCAGAUACAGGCGAUAAUAUAAAAAUAACAGAGAACAUAGUUCAGUCCAUGAAAGAUAUAUAUGGGAUUAACCUCUCAGAUGUUCCUUCAGAGGAUGACCUCACAAUAUAUACAAGGUUUGUUCAGUUGGGGCAGAAUCAACAUAAACAAGACAAGAGCAGCCAGCAGCUUUGUUCAAAACAUCAUCUAGAUGGGGUUAUAAAUAUGGUGGACCCAGAUGAUAAGCCCUGGGGAUUUCUGACUUCAGUGUGGUUUCUCAGGCCAUGUGAGAGUUCACACAGCAAAGGGAUGAAAAAUCUUCACAUUAACUAUUUUUAUUUAACUCUUCCAGCAUUCAAAGGAAUGGGUGCAAUAGGGUUAUUCUGUGUAUUCUGAUGAGCCUGGUGGCCCCUCUGAUUUUUAUAGUUCUUCGGGAUGGGUGGGGAGAGGAAACACUCUUCCCAUCUGGCUUCACAAGUAUAGAGCAAACAUUUUCAAAGUUAGAAAGCAAAAAUUUACAUAUUUCUUUAUAGCAUGGAAUACAGUCAUUACAAGUGAGGUUAAUGCAUGCAGCAACUUACAAGCAUUUCAUCAAGUCUAACCACUAAAUAAUUCUUGUAAGAUUAAUACCUAUUUUGAACUGGUCUGGUUUCCAGCUGUGAGUUUCAGUUCUUAGCUAAUGCCUGCAGCCUUGGCAAGAGCUGAAAUUUGGUCUGGUAGCAUCACACUUUCUUUUUCUUAAAAAUAAAGAAAACUUAUGCUGACAGCCCACCUUUGUAUUAAAGACCUUUCCCCAUAUAGACACUUGCUUAUUUACCUUGAUGCUAAAAAAAUUUUACUUUUGGACAUUCUUGCCUUCAGAAGAUAGUGCAGAACUCUGAAGUGGGAGACACCUCUAAACUUUCAAAUAAAAUUAGCUAGAGAUGCUAAACUCAGUUUCAGAGAAUCUUCUCUGAUAUUCCAAAAGUUAAAAAUUAAGUGGGAGGAAGGAAUUUGCAAGGGAAAUGAAAUCUGUUCAAAAAUAAAAUUGCUGUCUGUAGUGGGGUGCACUCACCUCUCAUGAGCGCCCUAUGGUCGAGCGUAUGCGGACCUGCACUUUCUCUCCUUGUAGCCCUCCCAAGGCUUAGAUCCUCAAUUAGUCCCAUAGUCUAUCAAUGGUCUCAGCCCUAGUGUCAAGCUGUAUUCCAGGGCUUCCCCCAGAGGCAAUGUCCUCGCCCUCUCUAGGGGUUUCAGGCCCCAGCUCUCGUGCUGGGCCACUAAAGGGUUCAGUUCUUUCUUUCCUUCUGGGGUGCCUCAAAGUCCAGGCCACUUUUCCUAGUGGCUAAUAGGAGGUGGGGGAACCAAGGCCUGCCCACUAGUCCAGGUCCAAGCCCCUCGAAGCCAUGCCGCUGCUUUAAUUCCCUGUGCCACUUCCCUGCAGCCUGCAUAGCAUCAUAGAAGAUUAGGGUUGGAAGAGACCUCAGGAGGUCAUUUAGUCCACCCCCCGCUCAAAGCAGGAUCAACCCCAACUAAAUCAUCCCAGCCAGGGCUUUGUCAAGCCAGGCCUUAAAAACCUCUGAGGAUGGAGAUUCCACCACCUCCCUAGGUAACCCAUUCCAGUGCUUCACUACCCUUCUAGUGAAAUAUUUUUUCCUAAUAUCCAACCUAGAUCUCCCACACUGCAACUUGAGACCUUUGCUCCUUGUUCUGUCAUCGGCCACCACUUUGAACAGCCUAGCUCCAUCCUCUUAGGAACCCCCUUCAGGUAGUUGAAGGCUGCUAUCAAAUCCCCCCUCACUCUUCUCUUCUGCAGACUAAAUAAGCCCAGUUCUGUCAGCCUCUCCUCAUAAGGCAUGUGCCCCAGCCCCCUAACCAUUUUCAUUGCCCUCCGCUGGACUCUUUCCAAUUUGUCCACUUAUAAAACUUGUACUUGUAAAACUAAGAUGAUGUGAACAGGUUUGUAAGUUUACUUGUAAAUUUUUUCAAUUUUUGUAUAACAGAGUUCCCCAUUUGCCCCAUUUGUAAAAUGGGGUGCAGCCUCCUGGUGUGUCUUGAGCUGGAAGAACUGGAGCUUGCUUUUAAAUAUAGGAAGAGCCUUGUGUAGUGACUGGCUUCUUGACAACAAGAUUUUACAUUUAAAGUAUUGUUGCUUCUUUUAAGCCUGAGUGGCUUGUCAAAGUUUGGGGGCUUGGGGAUGUUCCAGUUGGAAGUAGAAAUUGAUGGAGUUUUUGGAUUUCGUCAAUGCAGUCAUAUUUAUGUACAAGGAAUGUACAAAUCCCUGUGCCUCUGAAUGCAGAAAGAACCAAGAACAAAAAGGAACAGUUUCUGAGCUUACAGCCCCCAAAUCUCUUUAGCCAACAUCAGACCCAGGAGCUCUCUCUAGCUUUUUCCAGGGUCAUGCUGUGCUUACAGGCUCCUCUUGGCUCUCUUGACUCUCCCUCUCUCUCUCUCUGUUCUUGUCUAUCCUCAGUUUUUGUGUGUUCUCUUCCAUCCUACACACACACCCCUACCCAAAACAUUACUGAGCCAAAAGCUAGUUCACAUACACCUUUUUUUUCUUAAAUGGGAGCUUUUGCGUAUAAUUAUGUUAAUUGAAGGGUGAGUUCACGCCUGUCAAUGUCAGAGUUUUCACUCGACCUGUAACAAGGUUUCACUCAGCACAGAAUAAUAUUUUGUUCAAAAUGAUAUUCAGCUUUGUUGUAUGCUAGCAGUGCAGUUAUGACCAAUAAACUAUGGGUCACUUAUAUUUCAUAAGACUGAAUGACAUGAAGACCUAAUAUUGUUGUAUUUAUUAACUCGCCUCUAAGUGACUAGUAAAGCACUUGUCUGAAGUAUUUUGUUAAAGUAUCUUCAAGUAGACGAACAAAAAACCUUAUAUGCCAGUGCAUGAACUUGUGUAUAUAAAUGUUUUUUUUAAAUAUAUAAAUGGGUUUUUAAAAUACUAAAUAUUCAGUAAGGAUGACAGUAGUUGCAAAGGCUAUGUUUUGGUGAGAAUGAGAUUUGAAAUAAUAUUUGGAAACUUUCGGACUCUGUAAAAAAUUAAAGUAACUACAAACUAUCCUCUGAAGUCUUGCUGCCACGAGUAUUCAAAAAAUGUGAGGCCCCAAAGGUCUUGAUGCUGGCUUAAAAAUCAUGAGAUUUUAAAAAUAGCACAUUUUGUAUUCUGUUCUUUUACUUUCAAGCUUGCCUUACCAACCAUGAGGGCUAGAAAUAAGAUUUUUGUUUUUGAAGGAAAGUUGAGGUUGUCAUGUAAUUGCUUGACUCCAGGAGCUGGGGCUUUGAGAGAGCCCAAAUACCUCAGGACUCACAAGAGCUGGCAACACUAAAGCAUAUGACACUUGAGAAAGAGAUUUCUCUUUUGGCCUCUGUAGAUUACUCUAGAAAAGAAUGAUCACAGUUCAAGAAAACUUUGAGGCCACUGAGAUUACAAAAGAACAUGUCACAUGGCAAUAGUUGCUUUCAGCUGCAGUGCUUAAGGAAGAGUGCCCCUUUGGUAUAAAAGAGAAGGGGCUGCUGAGAUGGUAUUCUCCAAGAAAAGAUAAUGUAUUAAAUAAUUAAACAAAAAAACACCUAGACGAUAAGAUGAUGAUUAACAGCAUGGAUUAAUCAAGAACAAAUCAUGUUAGGCCAACCUAAUAGCUUUCUUUGACAGGAUAACAAGUCUUGUGGAUAAGGGGGAAGAGGCAGAUGUGGUAUAUCUUGACUUUAGUAAGGCUUUUGAUACUGUCUCACAUGACCUUCUCAUAAACAAACUAGGGAAAUACAACCUAGAUGGAGCUACUAUACGGUUGGUACAUAAGUGGUUGGAAAACAGUUCCCAGAGAGUUAUCAGUGGUUCACAGUCAAGCUGGAAGGGCAUAUCAAGAGGGUUCAGCACAGAUCAGUUCUGGUUCUGUUAAUAUCUUCAUUGAUGAUUUCGAUAAUGGCAUGGGAAUACACUUAAAUUUGCUAAUGAUACCACACUUGGAGGGGAUUGAAUUUCAUUUGGUGACCCCCUAGUUCGUGUGUAAACAGGAUGAAAAUCAAUGAGGACAAAUGCAAAGUCCUCCACUUAGGAAAGAACUAUCAGUUGCACACAUACAAAAUGGGAAAUGACAGCCUAAGAAGGAGUACUUCAGAAAGGGAUCUGGGGGUCAUAGUGAAUCAGAGGCUAAAUAUGAGUCAUUCCAUUCUUUCAGAGAUUAAAGCAUGUUCCCUAUACUAUGGAGCUCUGAAAAGAGUAGGUUAUAUGAGACGGUAUUCUCCCAUGCAUGAUAGCUUCUCCUGGAAAGAGGUAGAGUUUUCUCCUACUCUUCAUCACCACCUCCAGGUACAAUGUUCUGGACAACAGGAGCAGGAAAGCCCUCAGAGCAGCCUUCCCAUCCCCCCUUCUCUCAAGACCCUAGAGUUGAGCCUAUCAGACAUCCCCUAACCUGCUGAGGUGAGGGGGGCAUUUUUGUAAUAAAUAUUUAAGCCCUUAGGUAGGAUCACUUUUUAAGCAAAUAGUCUUUUAUUUUCUGUGCGUUUUCUCUGCUGCACCUUUUUUUACAAUAAAUCUCAUUUUAUCCAAUUUUCAUUGCAUUUAAUUUUUUUUUGAAGAAAAAGUUGACUGUAUCGGUUCUUGAAAAGUUAUUUCUCUUCACUUCCAGAAGAAGGUAGUUUCCUUUUUGUAUUCUACUGUUGAGUUGCAGGUUUGAGACAGGAGGGAUUUUUGUGCAGAGGAUACUAACCUCAUAGAACAUACAGUUGAAAUAGCAAGAGCAUCCAAGUGUCAGAUUUUAUUUGGUUUAUAAGCAGCAGAUUGUGAGAGAGAUGGCUCUCGAAAGUCUGUAAUUGCAGUGGAGUUUAACUGACUUCAAGUAAAAUAAAGUUGAUGUGUCAUUAGACCAUAAAAAUAUUCUCCGAGAGAUGAAGUUCUUAUAUAGUGCCAUUAUCAAAGCAAUUCUGCAGACUUUCCAUU